AUGUCAGCUCCCGCAGUACACGAUGUAACGACCAUGGAUAAACUCACCGAUUUGGAGCUUAGCCGCUUGAUACUUGAAGAGAAUCACCUCGACCACAAAGAUGAGCUCGGACAUCUAUUGUCGCUGAUAUUCAGGUCCUACACGGAUCAUGUUCCAAAGGCAGAAGAACUCACUGUUCCGUUAAAAAAAAUACCCAUCGAUUCUAGGACCAACACCUUUCUGGACAUUGAAGAUGAGGAAACCACAGUACCGCUAUAUAAUGGCCAAACUCGUCAAUGGAAUUGGGCCCUUCCAACAUCAUACAAAUCUGCUAGUUGUGCUGGUAGUGGGGUGAGAGGAAGGAAAGGUGGCACGAACAAGGAGCUGGGAGAUUGGGUGUUGGUCGCCGAUAACAGGACAGAGGCUGAUCUGUCAGAGUCUCAGCCUGAGUCCACCACUGAUCAGACAAAUUCAGACUCGCCGGUAAAGGACAACCCUAUGUUGUCCAUGACUGAUGUCAGUGGGGAUUCUGGGGACUCUGGGGACCCUUGGGAGACAUCUCCUGACGGAUACGAAGAGGCACUGGCAUCAGCAUCCUCAGACUUGGCAGAGACUACUAGUAGAGAAACAGAACCCAAACCAUCGACAACCGAGGCCAUCUUCGGGUCCUUUUUCAACACCGUUACCCCUGCCCUUCUCUUAAAGGAACCUAAUCUCACUCACAAACAUAACUUAUCACGCAAGUGGAGUGCAGCAAACUCCUCACGCCCAGUUUGUGGUGAAGAAAUUGCGCGAAAACCAGACCUUACCUUACUUGACGAUUUGGAGGCUAGGUGGGACACCAUCAAAGCAGUGUGUGAGCUGACUGCGAGUCCAUACCUACCCUCCCAGACCCUCUUAAAAACUCUCGACAGCAAAGCCUACCUUCUUUUGAAGCAUCAACCCUGGAGACGCUUCGCUUUAUUUAUCUCUCUCUGCAAUGGGUACCAUGAUCUUCGCAUCCACUUGUAUGACCACUCCGGUGGUGUCGUGAGUCCGUGCACUAAUAUCGACAAGGAGCCUGAUAAGUAUUUGCACAUUUUUUCAUGCAUUGUCUUCGGGAAUCUCGAGUGCAUUGGAUUCGACCCUACCAUUAGCAUACUAAAACACACCCUUCACCACACGCUCGAACUCUCCGGCUCCCGCCCUACCAAGGACCUGCCUUCCAAGAGACAGGAUCUCAUAGAGAGUGCACAGAUAGAGGAGGUCGUUGAGAGUUCCCAACUCGAGGAGAACGAGCUCUCCCUCCCUCCUGCCGUCGCAGAGGACAUGGUGCCCACCCCCGCAGCUGAGCCAAUCGGCAAAAUAUGUGUCAAUAAGAACACAUACAACAUUUUGGAAAUCAUCUUCUCUACCCAAGGCCUCGUUGGUCGUGGCAGUGUGUGCUACUUGGCCAGGAAGGACGACGAGGAGUAUAUCAUAAAAGACCAUUGUGUUCUCGGGGGCCAAACAGCAGUGCUGAAUGAGAUCAACAUGAUGAAGAAGAUGGAGGGGGUCUGUGGAGUUCCUCAACUUGUUGAGUAUUGGCUCAUCGAAGUUGCACCCGGCGAGGUCGAGGACACGCGAGCGUAUCGUUACAAAUUUCCACGUAGCAUACAGGACACCUUCCAUAUUCACGUUCGCCUGGUCUUGAAGCCCCGCGCGCGACCAUUGCAUAAAUUCCGCUCAAAGGUUGAGUUCUUAGGUGCAAUACGGGAUAUCGUGAAUAUCCAGAGGCAAGCGGUGGAAAAGCGCAAGGUUCUCCACCGUGAUGCUAGUCUGAACAAUGCGAUGAUCGAGGAUGAUGGUGAUGGCUCCCAUGGAAUGCUGAUAGACUGGGAGUUCGCGGUUGAUAUUGUAGAAGGCGAGCAAUAUGUUGUUGGUGGUACUGGCACAUUACCCUUCAUGUCGUGGUCGCUUCUUUUUAAUCUUUACCUUCACACACCGGAUACAUCAGAUGAGCGCAGUGGCAAGCGUGCGUCGGGUUCGAGACCAUAUCCAGUCGCCCUGAUCAAGCAUGACUACAAGGAUGAUCUUGAAUCGAUGUUUUACGUAUUUGUCUGGACCUGUAUCGAGUACAGGGGCCCUCUUGGCAUGAAGCAUGUUCUCCCUAAGCGCACGAAAGAGGGUUUGAAUUGGAUCACACGUGAAUGGUCUAGGACAUACAAGCAGUGCAGUGCCAGCAAAACACGGUUCUUUUACCAUUCCGAUCACUACACCGUGCAACUUACCAAACAAUUUGAUCCUUACUUCCGGGAUCUCCUUCCGCUUGCAUUGGAAUGGUACAACCUAAUCAAAGAUCCGGUAUCAGUAUGUUUCAACAAUGUAAUUGCAAUGCUGGAAAAACACCUUGCCAACCUUCCGUGGAAUGAGCCGUCCCCUGGGCUUUUAGUCUCGACAUGGAUGCUCCAGGGGCUCUCAGCAUCAGCGAGCUCUCUCAGUACUGACGGAGAAGACACACCAUCUGUAGAUGAGACAUCAAAGAAACGAGUUAUUGAACACCGAUGGACGACAGACCUUAUACUACCCAAGCCGAUGUAG